CAAAGAUGGCAGAAGAAGCUCCAGCAGUUGCACCGGCAAAGCCCGCGGCGAAAGCCCCCAAAAAGAAGGCAGCACCCCGGCCAAAGAAGGAUGGACCAAGCCUCCCGAACCUGAUCAUCGCUGCUGUGGCGGAGUCCAAGGAGAAGAAGGGACUCUCAGUGGCCGCGGUGAAGAAGGCUUUGGCGGCUAAAGGCGUCGAUGUGGUGAAGUCCAACAAACGGAUCAACACCGCCGUCACUAAGCUGGUGGUUAAAGGCACUCUGACCCAAACUAAAGGCACCGGGGCGUCCGGCUCCUUCAAGCUCGCCAAGGAGGCAAAACCAGAGAAACCAGUCAAGAAGGUGGUGAAGAAGAAAGCCGCGGUGAAAGCCAAGAAGCCCGCAGCUGCCGCUAAGAAGCCCGUUGUCGCCAAGAAGAAGAAGCCGGUAGCAAAGAAACCAGUGGCGGCCAAGAAAUCCCCCAAGAAGGCUCCAGCUAAGAAAGCUGUUGCUGCUAAGAAAGUGGUGAAGAAGACUCCCGUGAAGAAAACUCCAGUGAAGAAGGCGAAGGCGGUGAAGAAGACUCCCGUGAAGAAAGCUCCUGCAAAGAAGAGUGCAGCAGCCAAGAAGGCAAAGAAGUAAACAGCUGAGAUUCAUUCAGCACCCAAAAGGCUCUUUUAAGAGCCCCCCACAUUUCCUAAAGUGCAACUCCUGCUCAUCUCUCACUCACUGCAUCAAUUAGUCAUAUAGGAACUUUAAUCAUAAACAAAUAAAAUGAUCCUUUUUAGGUAUAAUUACCAAUAAUAUAGUCAUAGUACUUAUCUAAAAGUAAGUGUUAAAGCUUUAAAGUUGAUUUUUCAUGAUUUAUACACAACAAAUUAAAUCUAUAGAUGUGUUUUGCAGAUUUUAUUCUGUACAUUACAAUAUAAUAGAACAUAAUAU